AUGAAUCAAGAAUGGUAAACUCGUAAAUCGUGGAUACCCAGAUGCCCAUUUUUGUUAGUAAGGAAUAGACUGCCCGUGCUUCGCUUUUGGGUUCGGAUCAGUUCUUUUUUCAACUUCAAAUGGUGCGCUUCUUUGUUUCAUUGAAAACCCAAUAAAGCAAAAGAAAAUAACAGAAGAAGAGCAAAAGCAAAACACAGAGCCAAAGUAGUCAUUUUAUACAUUACACUCCCCACUGCACUGCAUAGCCAAGCCAUUGAGAUAUGAGAUGCAAUAUUACAGCACUAGCUUCAAAAACUUUUUCAAAAAAACAAACCUUUUUCCUCUCUCUCUCUCUUUUCAAAAUUCUCUAUUUGUCUCCCUCAAUCUCUGAAAUUCAGAAUUGAGAGAAUUCCACUCCUUUUAUCUCUCUCUUACUUAGAUUCCUCUUUUUUCUCUUUAGCUAUGAAAAUUCACAUUCCUUUCCUGUUUUAGUCUCUAACCAACAAGCCCUUUGUUAUUACUUCAUUGACCAUAUAGUACAGUCUUGCGUUAGUGUAGCCUUUCUUGACAGUAUUUCUCUUCCUCAGUGAAAUAUUUAGUUUUUUUUUUCUCAGUUUUAGCCCACUUUUCAUUUUGUCAAUAUAUUUCAAUUUGUUUUGUGCUUAAUUUCCAUUUCUUUUCUUGUUUUGUUAAUUGGUCAUUUCAAAUUCUUCAUCAUUACCUAGUACUUGAGAAGCUUUUCUUUUUCUGUCCUUCUUUCCCGCCCAUUAAUCUCUCUUUUUCACUUUUUCCUCUAAUGUUUUAAGGCACAGAAUUCUCUCUGUCUCCGUUUAAAGGUCUGUGCUUUAUUGAUUCUAACUUUUGUGCUAUGCAUAACGAGUGUAGUUAUGUUUAUCGCUUGCAAGGACUGAUAAGAGAGAUUUAAGUAGGGGUUUGGUUAUGGGCGGAGGUGGUGGUGGGGGUGACGGUCUUGGGAAAGUGGAAGUAAUUAAUAGCAAAGGUUGUUCAAGGCUUUUUGUGGGUUUAUCAUCUUCCAUUCCUUCUUUUAGAGGUUUGCAAUCUUUUGAGCCAAUGUCUCCUACUACUGCCUCUAUUGGGUCUGAAGCGGUUUUGGUUCGAUCAACCGGUCCAUUUUCUGGUCUUGUUAUUUGUGUUACUGGUUUGUCUAGAGAAGCAAGGAAGCAAGUCAUGGAAGCAACAGAGAGAUUAGGUGGUCGGUACAGUCCUAAUCUGCAUCCUCACUGUACCCAUUUGGUGGUCCAGAGCUUUGGCGGACGCAAGUUUGAGCAUGCUUUAAAGCAUGGAUCAAAAAAUGGUCUCUUUGUUGUUACAAUCGGAUGGUUUGUGGAUAGUGUUCGAAGGAAUGUGAGGUUAAGUGAAUCACUCUACAGUGUCAAGAGUGUUGGAGAAACUGAUGUUCGCUUAGAUGACUUAAAUCGACUUGUCGGUAUCAAUGGUACUGAAAAUUCCUGUCUUCCUGUUGGUAUCAACGAUGCCAAGAAAUUUGAUGCAAUUGAAGGACUGCAUAAACGGUUGUCUGCAAGGAGUUCUAAUAGAAAUAUUGAUUCAACUCUAUCUGGUAGCUCCAUGUUUAUUGAUUCAGAAAUUUCAGAUGAACUGCGGAAUAAGGUUUAUGAGGCAGCUAUCAGAGAAGGUGCCACAUUUUUAGAUCAGUGGUUCAUUGGUUGCAGUGCAAGUCAUGUAGUAUGUGAAGGGGCUUCAGUCCAAAGAUAUCUUGGUCACUCUAACAACCUUGUCACUCCACUUUGGGUUCUAAAAACAGCAAAGGAGAAAAAUGCCCAAAGGCUUGUUCACUUGUCUGCUGAUUUGGCCAGGCAGGUUGGGAUGAUGCUUGAAAAUUUUCAAAAUGGCAGCGCAGAGCAGGAAAUAAAUACGGGAAGUGCCCCACUAGACGUUCGGAACUUGAGGAGUCAAGUAAGCUAUGGACAAAGGCAACACAUUGUAAAUUUCGCUAAAAAUGCGGUUAGAAGUCGCCGUGGUCGUCGAAUGCAGACCUGUCAAACUCCAAUACGACCAAUAACCCCAAGCAGCCUUCUGGAUUCAAUCUGCUGGUCAAUAUCUGAGCCAACUUCAACUGCUUCUAUUUACACAGACUCAUUUAGUAGUGAAGAUGUUAGUGAACAUCCAUCUGUGUUCUUUGAUGCAAAGGGAGACGGGAAGGACUCAGAAGCUUCCUUUGCUAACCUAACACGAGCACUUACAGAAAGUGAGAAAACUGAGUUGAUAUUUAAGAACCACUUUCUGACCAUACUGUUUCCGGUUGACCGGUUCUCCGAAAUGGGGCCUUCUUCAAGAACCUUUUUUGGUGAAAAUGGUUUCACAUGUAUUCAGGUGUUAGAUUAUAUAUACACAUUUUAUCAGGAGAAUAUGCCAGCUUCAGAAGUAGAAGCUGCAAUUCACACUGACUCGAGGCAUGCUGACCGGCUCCGAACUGUGUACUCUAGUAAAGAAACAGCUGAGCUUGGUUAUGUGAUUUUUAAACGAAUUGAUUUCUUAGGAAGCCGCACGAGUUUUGAGAUGUUGAAGCGGGUUUCUGGUGAUAACAACAGUAACGUAUAUGAACUCCUGAUUAGAGCAUAAUAUCAUCUACUCAUGCAUGGCUAGCUAGAUACUGGUUUUGAGUAAUUGAUGAACCAUGAUCUAUUGUAGCUGUUCAUUGCAAACCCCCUUAGCUUGUAGACAACAACUAAAUACUUGAAACAAUAUCACUUUCCAAAGUUUUCCAAACAAUGAAAUUCACCUUUCUACUAUGUACCGACAUAAUGGUUUUUAUACAUCAAAUAUACAGAUAUCUUCAUUUAGUGUGCCUGAGGAACAGCGAAGAGUGUAAUACUAUCAGUCUUUGUUAUUGAACUAUUAUUCUUUCAUAGACAUGCACUCCAUUUUUUGGAUGGAAGUGCCUGUAUAUCAUUAUGUAAAUUGAACGGGCUGUUGGACUAAAAGCUGCUAAUUUUUUCGGAUCA